AUGUCAGAUGAAGUAUUUUCUGGCGGAGCCACUACUUCACAACAUGUGGAUGCUGAAGAUGACGAUCAUUUUGAAAACACCACCUUCAAGUUGAAGAGAACCAGAUCUUUAGGCUUACUUGACGAGUUCAUACCAGAAAAAGUUAAAGAUCAAGCAUUGGAAGAAGGAAAAUCGCCGACAAACACUGGCGGCAGAACAAGAACAUCGUCGAACGAUAAUCUGGAUGUAAACAACCACAACCACAACAGCAAUCAAUCAACGUCGGUAUCAUCUUCGCCAUCACCAAUCGCUUCUCCUACAGCAACCCUGGCUUUGAACCUACAAUCUCCUGAAUUGCUCCCUUAUGACGACACCGAUGUGGCAGCAGAACCUUCGCGUCAUGUUGAUUACUUGUCUCAUCAGUGGGAUGUAUCAGAUAUUUCUAAAUCAUGGAGGUAUGUUGUUUCAAAUAAGCAUGAUGUAGCAAAUGCCGCUAGAUUGGAAAAUGCAUCAUGGAGAACGUGGGCACAGAGAAGAUCAAAUUUAAAGACAAUCAGUCCUGAAGAGGUCAACUGGGCAAAGGAGACAGAUGUUACCUGGUUAUAUGGCCCAAUAUUAAAGAACAAAGGAGCUUCUUCCAACGGUGACAAUCAUGCAAACGACGAGAAUGAAGAUGAUGUAAAUCAUGAGCCCACAGCCACGAGCGCCGUUGCAGGAGAUAUAUCUAUACCAAAAAAAUCAAAAAAUAAGAAUGCACCUAAACCUAUACUAAAGAAACGUACUAUUGAAGAAUCAAUCAUUAGUCAUACGAAUUUGCUAAAGUUGGAAUUAGCAUCCAGUAUUCACCAAAAAAAAAGAGAACAGCAAUUGAAACAACAGCAAGAACUACAGAAGCAAAACCAAGGAACUGACGAGUACUUUGACUACAAUGCUCUUCUGAAUAAAUUAAACAGUCAGUACGCCAACAACCAAGCCACGGAGAAUACAAACGUAGCAAAAUUCCAAAAUUUGCUCAAUUCAAAUUCAUCUUCCCUGGCCACAGUUCAGCAAGAUAUCAAACCCGAGACAUCUGCGUUGAAUAAUGAUGGAGCUGGAGCAACAGCAGCAGGAGGAGAGGAUGACCACAACAAGGAAAGGCAUAUACACUUUAACGAUGAAGUACAACAAUGUGUGGCUUGGGAUUCAUUUUCAGACGACAAUGACGAGGAGGAUAUCAGUGACUAUGACGAUACAGAUGAUGUCUAUGAUGACUAUGAUGAUCAAGUAAACAAUAAUUUGAUUCGAAGUCAUUUGUAUGAGGGGGACUUGGAAAAUGGCGAAAACGACGAUGACUCUGAUGACGACGACAACGACGACGACGAUGAAGGAGGAUUCUUUUUGAAAGUUAGAUCUAAUUCAAAUCCAUCAUUAAAAAUGGUCCCCAGCCAAGGCUCCUCGCCAUCAAUAAAGGGGCGCGACCAAACUGGUAUGCAAUCUUUGCCAAGUCUUAAACGCUGCAGAUCCAUAAAGCUUUUACCUCCAACAACAUUAAACUACGGGUCAGACGAAGAUUCAAGUGAUGAGGAAUAUCCGUACACUUCAAGUUUGUCUCAUAAUGUGGGUAACGACAUAAGCAGAGGGUAUGAUUAUUAUUAUGAUUACAACACGGUGUACCCUAGUGAUCCAUACCAAUUUCAAGGAUAUCAAACCCCUGAUGUGAUUGACGUACCCGAAAAUUUAGAUAUGGGAUCAAAUGUGAAUUACGAUUUGAUUGAUGAGAAUAAUAAUGACAUGACAGUAGGUACAACAGAGCACAAUGAAUAUGGCGGACAGAAUGAACAUAGCGACAAUAGUAGGCAAAGUGGUGGAGUGUCGCCAACGUCACAUAGUUCACCUACGUCACCAUUAUCUGGACCUGCAGCACCUGCAGCACAUGCGACACCUGCAUCUCCUUCAGCACUACCUACGACAACUUCCCCAUUCCAUAACCAACCCCAUUCUCAGGCAAAACAUAUGCCGUUCCAAUUGAGUGAUUCUGAGAGUGAUUCUGAAGAAGAAGAAGAAGAAGGAUUAAGCAUAGGAACUCGAAGAUCCAGUCAAGCUUUGGCCGAACUGAUUUUCCACGGACACAAUCCAUUAACGGAGAGUAAAAAUUAA